AUGCCAGCAAUUCUAGAUUCAAGACCAAAAACCUAUAAAAAACCAACUAUAGACGAUAUAGAUCCUGUCACAAAUUAUAUACCCGCACUGGUCAGAGAUAGAGUCUCACAAGAGUGCAUUGAAAUGUGUUCCAAGCUAAGAAAGUUUGUUAUCUACAAUUGUAAACCUAGAGAAGAACAAUAUUUAAAUAGCGAACCUAAAUCUGAAGAAAGGGAAAGGAUUAUUCAAGAAUUAUUGGAAUCAAAAAAAGAUUACGAUUUGAUUUUUUUUUUUGACAAUGAUAAUGAUGCUGAUUAUGGUAACAGUGCCUGUAUUGAUAGAUUACCAAAGUUUAAUUACCUAGAAUAUGGUAUAUUAUAUCAGUUUGUUGGAAAGAGUAUUUUAGCUUCAAAAGUGAUUUCUUUCUGUGGUGGGAACACUUAUUCCAAAAGCAUCAAUAAUAUGAGUGCGCUGGAGCUCUUUCUGCAUUAUGGUGAUAAUAAUCAAAAAACAGAAUUUGCCAUUCCUAUGAUUAAUAAAAAAAGGGAUGUCGAGUUUUUCAUUUCUGAAAAAGAUGUUGCUUCAUCUGAUAUAUUGAACAUCAAUACAAAUUGUAACUUAGAUUUUAAAACAAAUAAAAUGAUCAUUAAUGGAAAAAAAUGGUUUAUACCAGAUAUUUUGAAGCUAAACGGCGGUAACCCUAAUAAUAACAAUAAUAGUGGAUGUUAUUACGCCGAAGCUUACUGGAUUAUUUUAGCUGUUACUGAACAUGAUGAAAAUAAUAUUUACAAAAAACAUUCAUUGGUGAUGGUGGACACACAGAAUAUUAUAGAUAAAUUGAACGAUGGCAAAGAAAUUAGUAUAUCACGUAUUACCACCGAUGAUAGUUGUUUAUUUGGAGAUAGCUGUUAUUAUGAAGUUGAAUUCAAUAACCUAGAGGUGCCGCUCUGCGUUUUAGGCGGCAGAGGCGAUGGUUUUCAUGUGUUGCAAGAAAAAAGCAGUUUGGUUAAAAUUUACGAAUGCAUGAAGUUAGUCGGAAUGGGAGAGGAAGCAUUACAAAGAGCUAACGAAAGAGCCUCGCAGCGUAAGGUUUACGGCUCGAAACUACAAAAAUCGGAACAUUUUAAAUUCGAAUUGGCCAAACACAAGAUUUCUUUACAAAAUUGCAGAUUGCAACUUUGCAAUGCGGCCGUUAAGUUGCAGAUAGAAGGAUUCAAAGCUGCUAAGCAGGAAAUUGCUAUCUCUAAGAUUGUGACUCCCCAAACCGUAUGCCAUGUCAUUGAUUGGGCAAUGCAAAUAUUUGGAUGCUCUUCUUUCACUAAAAACAAUCCAUUAUGGGAAAUGUAUAAUAAUGCUAGGGCAGAUCGUGUAAAUGAAACGCCCGAUGAGGCGUUAUUAUCUCAAUUGGGGAAAAAUGAAAUUUUAUUGAUGAAUAAAGUUUUAAAUUUGCACAUUGAAGAGAAUUCCACACGUUGCACUAAUGGGAUUGGAAGGAAAAAACGUUAA